GUGUGGUGAGUUAGGGAGGAGUGCAGGGAGGUGACCCACCCACCACCACAACCGUUACCGUGGCGACAACUAGCGAACCAACCAAGCCAACAACUACCGAGGCCACUUCUACCACGGUCGAGACGACCUCGACCACGGUCGAAACGCCCUCGACCACGGUCGAAACGACCUCUACCACCGACCUGCCCACAUCGUCUACCGCUGCUCCUCCCUCUACGUCAACUCUGCCUACGACUGUAUCGUCUACCACCAGUACCGCCGCUGCGACUGUAUCGUCUACCACCAGAACCGCCGCUGCAACUGAAUCGUCUACCAUCAGUAGCACCACUAUCGGCAGCACGACCACCAUCAUCAGCACCACUACCACCGAAGACCCGUGCAGCGGAGCCACCCAGAUCGAAGGCAUUGAGGGGACUAUUCUAUCCCCCAACUACCCCGACGAUUACGGAAACGAUGUGGACAUCAUCUGGAUGAUUAUGGCGGAGCCGGGACAGACCAUCCGAAUCAACAUAAACGAUUUCUCGCUGGAGGAAGACGAUCAGAACUGCACCCGAUACGAUUUUCUCGAGUUCAGAGACGGCGAUUCUGUCGACGCACCGUCCCUCGGCGGAAAGUUUUGCGGCUCCAACUACCCGAAGCGGGUGGGGCCGAGCACCAGCAACGUAAUGACCGUGGUGUUUCACACGGACAUUGGUAGAGUGGCUCGCGGCUUCAACCUCACGUGGAAGCUAUGUGGAGCCGGUGACCAGCUAGGUUCGUGCGACGCUUCAACCAACUUCAGCGGCACGCUGCAGUCGGUCAACUACCCAGCCGAGUACCCCAGCGGCCGGGACACCUUCUGGCACUUCGUGGCCACCCACCCGACACGCAGGUUCAGCAUCACCUUCACAGACUUCGAGCUCGAGAGUAGCUACGGCACGUGUAGCUACGACACUCUGAAAAUCUCGGAUCCGAGCGGGAUCGAGGAGGGCCCUUUCUGCGGAGACACGAUGCCAGCUCCCUUUGGGCCCACAGCCGGCUCACAGCUGACGGUCAACCUUUAUACGGAUAGCUCGUCUCAGUUCCGUGGCUUCUCGGCCGAUUGGACCGGCACGUGCAAUACAGGCACCUCCAGCUCCUCCACAGAGGAGAUGUAGACGAUGAUGUACCGAGAGGUGGAGAGAAAGACGAAAGAAAUAUGUAGUAGUAGGAGAGCGGAGAAGAGAAGCAAUGGAAGAUAAGAGAUGACGACGAAAGGAAAAGAAUGCAAGUGAGGUGAAAGGAGAAGACGUGAGAACGAGACAAGGUGAAUGUGAGUGAGUGAGCGAGUUGAGUGAAUGGAUGAGAGGAAGAGAGAGAGAGAGAGAGAGAGAGAGAGAGAGAGAGAGAGAGAGAGAGAGAGAGAGAGAGAGAGAGAGAGAGAGAGAGGAGGCGAGAGUGAGACUGAGUAGGUGGGUGAGUGAGUGAGUGAGUGAGUGAGUGAGUGGGUGAGUGAGUGAGUGAGUGAGAGGUGGGUGAGUUAGUGAGUGAGUUAGUGAGUAAGUGAGUGAGUGAGUGAGUGAGUGAGUGAGAGAGAGAGAGAGAGAGAGAGAGAGAGAGAGAGAGAGAGAGAGAGAGAGAGAGAGAGAGAGAGAGAGAGGAGAGACGGAGAGAGAAAAGACAGGGGAGAGUGGAGCACCAUCGGAGAUAAGGUGCAGAGGAGGCUAGUAUAAUCAGAACACCAAGAGCUGGCG